AUAUCUCUUGAUGAUUUAACUCUCCAAAACCUACCUCUUGUCAGGCAUAUCAAUCAAUCAAUCAUUGUUACGCCGCGCACUGGAACGUCAACCUCUCAGACACGCUUUAUUACUUUCGAACAAACCGAGAAAAUUAAUCAAAGAUGGACAUCACCUCCGAAAAUUUCGCCGACUCCCUACCUCUCCUCAGAGAAAGGUUGGAUAAUGCGGAGUUCAUUAGUUUGGAUCUGGAAAUGACUGGCAUCCGCCUCCCUAACGAAGCCAGACGCCCUGGACACUUAUACACCGAUUUGCUGCCCACGCUGUACCAGAGAUACCGGGAAGUCGUGCUCACUUUUGACAUCAUGCAGAUCGGAGUCUGCUGUUUUGGUAAAAAUGCGGAGAAGAAGGACAGCCACAACUUUAAGGGUUUCCAUAUUAGACAUCCCCCAGUAAACAUCCUUGGCCGUUUUUCAAGUAGAAAAUAGGUGAAGAAUGUUGUCCUGAAGAAUGUUAUCAGGUGGAAAUCUUUAACAACUAUGACUGCGACAGUUUCAAUUUCUACGUGUUGCGUCGAGCAAUCGAGAACUAUCAAAAGCCUCUGGUCACGCUGGAUCCAGAGACGAUGGUUUUUCACGCCAAAAACCACUUCGACUUCCAGACAUGGCUUUCUUCUGGUAUAGGAUGCUGCAUUGCGGAUGUGGAAUCUGCAGUUUUCGACCAGUUGAAACGAGAGCAGUACGAGAGAGAACAAAAGGAUAUUAUGGGACACUAGGACCCAUAGGAGGACAGUGUGGAUAUUAUAGAGAAGAGAAGGAUAUUCAUUAUGGGACAGAAGCAGAUUAAGGGUUGAAACAUUUCAUUUUUACAAGCCCUCUCUACUGGAGAUUGCUACUAAAAAGUGAAAUGUUUCAACCUUUUAGCAGAACUAACUAUUAUCAUUUUCUGCUCCUUCUUCACUUUUCUCAUUUUGCCGCUAUAGUUACUCGUUGGUUUAGCUGUGUUUCCCCAUGGAGGAAGGCCAAUGUCGGGAUACACAAAAAUGAUUAGAGAUGCGACCUAGGAAGAGAGGUGUAUGAAAUGAAUUAUAUCCCAUUCUUCUUUGGAUAAAAUAGCCCAUGAAAGGACCAAUCUCUAAGACCAAGGCCAAUGCUCAGCAAGGGAACCAAGGAAUCCAGAAAACAGUGGACCAAAAACCUGGCGACGCAGUAGUCUUGACACGUCCUGAAGAUCUCUCUUGGUACGCUUCCUUGUGGGCAGACAAAGUGCAACCUUUUUUGUUAAGGCACUGCAGUUGGAAUCUCGUCUCUGAGACUACUAUGUUCAUAUGAACAAUGUGUAUGUGAGAAUCUCUUAUGUCAAAAAACAGUCAUCCUUUUAACGAGAGAGACCUCUCUAAUUUCAUCCGCCGCUGCUGAUAUCAAGAAAAUGGACACACCACCGACGGCGACGACGACCAACACACAGCAAAAGCCUGAGAAAGCCUUCGACAUUUCGGCUAUGAUCAGGAAUAGUGUGCGCGAAGCUCUUCAGGCCCAGGAAAAGCCGUCCGCGUCGGUAGCAAAUGGCCAUGCUGUAGCUAACGGGAAAGAACAAGAGGCUGUUAGCGGGAAUGAUGCAGAACAACAGCUUCUUUUCAAAGACAAAGACCCAAAUGCUCUCGAUUUGCCGAAUAUGAACGGCUUCCGAGCCAAAUACUUGCGGCAGCAGAUAGAAAGACUGUUUCCAGACGCUUAUGUCUUGGCCUACCAAUCGAAGGAGAAUUCAAUGGAUACGUGUCGCCGACUAUUCAGGUCUUUUUCGACUGAAGAACGAAAAGCAGCGGAAGCAUGGCGCGUGAAACAGGAGGAAGAGAAAGUCAGAGUUAAGGCUUCGCUCCUGUCGUGGUCGUGUCUUGUAAUUGAUCAUCAAACUGAAACUUAUUGUUUUAUUCUCCUCGAGCUCAAUGUUCAUGGAUGUAUGAACCCCUCGUUUUGACAGAUUAGGAGUACUUACACCUACGCGCAGGCGACUUCUUCAACGCUCCGUACGUCGUAAAACGACAACAACACGUAGCUCACAAGAAUUUAAGAUAAGUACUUCUACUUCCCCUCUAAUCCAUCACGACGAAAAGAUCUGGAAAUCAAUCGAGUGGGAUUCCGAAGAGUCUGGAACAUGCUGAAAGCUACAGAAAAGCCUCUCGUUUUCCACAAUGGGAUGUACGAUCUGCUUUUCCUCUUCCACAAUUUGGUUAUGGUGAUGUUGAUGGAUUCAGUGUAUAAUGUUUGCUUUUCUACUGUGUGUGACGACCUGAGGAAGAAUCGAUGAGGUCAUCUGAGUUGCACUACUAGGGGAGUUUGGUAGAAUCGAUGAGGUCAUCUGAGUUGCACUACUAGGGGAGUUUGGUAGAAACGAGAGUGUGUUGCAAUUCGACCACAGGGGAUGUAUUGCAACACACACCUUUUGUUUUGAUUUCGACAAGGUGACAGCACUUGUCUUCUUUAAAUUGGAGGAAAGAGGAAAGAAGAAUAACACCUGAAGAAAAAAUCUGCAUCUAAUUGAAAUCACACAUCUACCUCAUGAAUGGGUACACUACUACUCCUACGAAACAAAAUAGCAUUCUUCUAAUCCUCAAUGUCCCUUACCGGAGACUUUCGUCCAGUUUCUCGCAGAAUGGCACAAGCGCAUCCCCAACGCCAUAAUCGACACCAAAGUUCCCAGCGAGCACUACUUGUUGCCCAAGUACGUUGGUGAGUUGCCCCUCAGCAGUCUCGAGGAAUGCAUCACCUUGAUGGACUCGAAAUAUCCUCAAUUGGAAAAAACUACACACAUACGGGAAAACACGACGAGUAAGAAUGAUGGUGCAGGAGCAGAUGCCGGCUCUGGAACAGGAGUUGUAGUACCUACCAAGUAUCACGACGCCGGCUUUGACGCCUUGCAGACUGGGCGGCUCUACAUCGCCCUACGUGACUAUGAGAAGUACGAGUUCACAAAAAACAUUGUACCUUUGGGUGGCCAGAACCUGUUCCGCUUAGUUCUAUAUCCUGCUCGAAAUCAUGUGGAAAUUGAGAAGUCCAACUCGAACCCUUCAGACGAAGAAAAUGGACAAAAUCAAGUAAGUGCUCUUGCUCCGCUUUCGGAUUCGGUGUUGCGACAGCCAAAGUUCAUCAAGGAAUCACACACAGCUUUUGUACUUUGUGACAUAGCAGGACCCAAAUUGGACCAAGGUGUUAUGAAGAAAUACCUACGUGGCACCACUGUUGGUUCAAAUGUUGCCUCAACAAAUGUUGCUUCAAAUGGCGAAGCUUCUUCACAGAAAAAUAAAGGUAUCAAAGGUGGAGGUGCUGGAAAGGAGACCGUCACGGUAGAGACAUCGAUUGUGGAAAUGAAGGGGGAGAAAAACGGACAGACCAGUAAUUCUUCUGACGACCACAGUGAAGAAAGGGUAAUCCCAGAACUAACUCCAGAACAACGCAGUGCGACUGUAAACGCCUUCACGCAUUUCCGCUGGCUCACUGAGUCCGCAGCACUGGUGGUCUUUGACACUGAGCAACUUGUUCUAGUACCAGGAGACAAAGAUUCAGCAGAGAAGGUAAACCCAGCGUUGCUUUUUCAUGCUCUUUUGCAAAAAGUCAAGGAAGAAUGCAAACCAAGGUUAAGGGUUUCACAAUUACCUUCUCCAGCAACAUUCUUGACCUCUUUCCUAGCAGAAAAAAAGCCAAGGAUGUUCUGAGGAAUGUAAUUCUGCAACUUCUAACAAGGCAUGCGUUUAGAAUCGAAUCAUUAGCUGAAUAUCUGAAACACGUCCCUUCUUUGGUCAAAAGCAUACCCCUAGAGGCACAAAAGAUGGAAGUUCGCGUACCUCAAAAGCAUCAAACCAUGCCUGCGCCAUUUCGUACAGAGGAUCACCCGGCUCUGAAGAGACAAAAGGUGGCUGGAGCAUAGAAAGCAUAGAAAGGAGAAGAGGGUUGUAAAGGCAAGGAGGGGCGACAUAGAGUCGCUGGUGGAUGAGAGCAUCUUCUAUGACCCAAUAAGCAGUUCGUUGUUUCAAGGAAGCAACGAGUUGUGACAUGCUACCUAUCUGGAUGUGUACGGAGAGUAGAUCCAGAUGCCAAACAGAAGCAUUGGAAGAUCUUGAUUUUCCAUUUUCGAGACUGAAUGGCCUAUCUAGCAGUACGUGUGCGCAACUCUGCAUCAACUGUAAGUACCACCCCAAAGAAUGACCUGAACGACUAAACCUACAACUGUGUCU